AUUUUUUGUUGCAUUUUCGGAUUCAUUCACGUUUCCAGGCGCAGCACGUUUCACCGAUCGUCUUGCUUUUUCAUACCUGAGCACAAGGGGGUUGAUCUAAACUUUUUUGGGGCAAACUUUUUGUAUUUGUGGAUGUAAGUUUUUUCCCUCCCCAUUCGCGUGAUGUAAAACUCCAGCGUCUGGUUACUUGGUUUCUCUCGGGAGCCUUAACGUUAACCGUCAACAUAUUCCAGGUGUUGUUCAAAUUUCAUUCAAAUAUAUCAGUUCAGAUUUGCCCCAAACCUCAGACGGUUUGCUAAAAAUUUUCCGACGCGUAAAAACAACGGUUUUGGAGCUACUUGUGUCUUAAGGACAUUUCCUUUUCUUGGACUUGCGACAGUCGGGUUUUUCUAAAGCCAAAAGAGGAAGUUACUCACGGAAGACUAUUUUUAAGGUCUCCUCUCGCUUUAAAAGGGUAAUACCUUUUCAUUUUUUCUCUUAAAUCUAUACUCAUAAAUCCGUCGCCCUGAAGCGCGCAUUCGGAACCAUGGGCUGUACCGUGAGCCAGGAAGAUAAAGCCGCGUUGGAGCGGUCCAAAAUGAUUGACAGGAAUCUGCGCGAGGACGGGGAGAAAGCCGCCAAGGAAGUGAAACUGCUGUUAUUGGGUGCUGGAGAAUCGGGGAAGAGCACCAUCGUAAAACAGAUGAAGAUUAUCCAUGAGGACGGCUACUCAGAGGAAGAGUGCAAGCAGUAUCGAGCUGUGGUCUUCAGUAACACCAUCCAGUCCAUCAUGGCCAUCGUUAAAGCCAUGACCAGCCUCAAGAUCGAAUAUGAGGACAGCGCAAGAGCGGAUGAUGCCCGUCAGUUGUUUGCCCUGUCUGGGACAGCAGAAGAGCAGGGUAUCCUUCCAGACGAGCUGGCCAAUGUCAUCUGCAGACUGUGGGCUGAUAGAGGAGUACAGAAUUGCUUCACCCGUGCCAGAGAAUACCAACUCAACGACUCCGCUGCAUACUAUCUGAAUGACAUGGAGAGGAUAGCCAAAGCCGAUUACAUCCCAACCCAGCAGGAUGUCCUGAGGACCAGAGUGAAAACCACUGGCAUCGUAGAGACACAUUUCACCUUCAAAGAUCUGCACUUCAAGAUGUUUGAUGUCGGCGGUCAGCGUUCAGAGAGAAAGAAGUGGAUCCACUGUUUUGAAGGAGUGACGGCCAUUAUCUUCUGUGUGGCCAUGAGUGCAUAUGACUUGGUACUGGCUGAGGAUGAGGAAAUGAAUCGAAUGCACGAGAGCAUGAAGCUCUUCGACAGCAUCUGCAACAACAAGUGGUUCACAGAGACCUCCAUCAUCCUCUUCCUCAACAAGAAGGAUCUGUUUGAGCAGAAAAUCACACGCAGCUCCUUGAUCAUCUGCUUUCCCGAGUAUCCAGGCGAAGACAACUACGAAGAGGCCUCCGAGUACAUCCGCACCAAGUUUGAAGACCUGAACAAGAAGAAAGAAACCAAGGAGAUUUACCCUCACUUCACCUGUGCGACGGACACCAAGAACGUGCAGUUUGUGUUCGACGCCGUGACCGACGUCAUCAUCAAAAACAACCUGAAGGACUGUGGGCUCUUCUAGACCACACGAGCGAAAGGAUGAGAUGAGAUUACUUGAACAGUUUUGAUGAGCAGAGGAAGUAGAGACUCCUGCUUCCACACGACAACUGAGAGCUCCGAGGAGCACAACACAAUUUCAGCUAUUUCAGCCUCUGUCCAGACACCGUUCCUCCAUUGAGUUCCACAUUUAAUACCUGUAUUAUUAAUUCCUUGGGUAAUGACCACAAAUCACCAACUGUGUCCAUUCUCCACGUUUUCUCCUCUCCUUUUUUUGUUCGAGUAAUAUCAGAGGCGAAAAAAAUGUUUGUUUUUUUUAUACGAUGCUUCAUUUUACUCUAGGGAAUCUGAUGUGCAAAUUUUAUUCAAGUUUUAAUUGCGUAAUGCUUAUUUUUUUAAAGAAGCUGCAGGCAUUGGAUAUAGAGUAUGAUCGGAAAAAAGGAACAUGCUUUUUUAUGAUGUUUACAUGACGUCCUCGUUGAUAGCAAAACGGAAAGCCGUCCUGCAUGAUAAGAUAGCAAAUAUAUCAAUACAAGUAAUCAGUUCACAUCAGCAUAACAUUCCUUUUAAAAUUAAAUACAAAAAAAUACAAAAAGAACAAAAAAAAUAUGAAAAAGCACAAAAAAAGCUUCACAAAUGGGGAAUAAACUGCUAAAACGUAACUGAUAUUUAAAGUAUGUACGUAACAGUAUCUAACAAUCUUUUUAUUUUCUUCUCUUCUAUCUUCCCGAUUCCUCUUUCUAGCAUUCUGUUUGUGCCUUGACUUCCGUUUACAAUGGACUUUGCUUUCUCCCCGAGUUGUCCUACUGUACGUAAACGUUUCUCCUCCAGAAUUUUCACACCAUGUAAGAAAUAAAUAGUGAUUAAUAAUGGAAAUCUAAUUGAGAAAAAGGGUAGUUUUUUUUUUUUUUGUUUGUUUGUUCGUUUGUUUUCUUUCUGUUUUUGGUAAAGAUUCUUCAAAAAUUCUUUUAAAAGUCCUAUAUAAUGAUUUAAUUUAAAUAAAAGUUCAUUCACUAGAUGAAA